CCGCCCAACAAAAUCUCUUCAUUUAAUAUCAUGAGCCGGGCCUAGCUCCCGCGACUGCCACAGUCCUAGCUCAUCCACUCCUGCAUUUUUAUUACUACGACAUCUGUUUCUCGGACAAACUCGCCGGAAUCAUGGGUUGCAACUCCUCAAGACUGGAUCGCCUCCCGGCGGUGGCUCUAUGUCGUGACCGUUGCAAAUUCCUCGAUGAAGCACUCCGCCAAAGCUACUUUCUAGCCGAUGCUCACCUGGCGCACAUGCACUCCCUCAAAACACUGGGCCCUGCUCUCUACUCUUUCUUCCAUCACCAGGAAGAUUCCGGCGACCAUGCCGACCACAGCAUCAAAUCCAAUCUGCCCAGGUCGCCUCCGCUCGCCGCCUCUCCUGAUCACGCCUUCUCCUCUUCCAGUUCUGAUUCAGAUUCACACGUCCACUCGCAUUCUGAAUCGUCAGAAACUGAGAAUAAUACAGAUAAACAUUUCCAAUUUCUUAACCCAACUCGUUAUGAUUAUCUCAACCGCGACUCUUCUCCUGAUGACGUGGUUUUCAUGAAUUAUAUGCAGCCUCUGUACCCUCCUUUUUCUCCGGCUCCGUCAAACUCAAAGCCACCGUCACCCCCUCCCCCGAGCAGCUCAGCCUGGGAUUUCUUGAACUUGUUUGAAACGUUCGAGAAAUACGAAGUGCGGUACAGUCCGAGCGGUGACAUAAAGGAAGAGAAGAGCAAAGAAAGUCAAAGGAGCACUCAACACUGCCCGAAGAGUGAAGCUACUGAAGCUGCAAAUGGAUCCGAUAAUGGAGGGGGUAAGGCGGAGAGGGCAGAAAAUGGAGCAGCGAAAAAAAUGAAGGCUGAUUCGACGGAAAAGGAGCAGCAGGAGGCAAAAGACUUCAGCAACUCGGCGAAAGUGAAGUCACCGAAAGGAGUGAGUGAGAUAAUGAAAGAGAUUCAGAUUCUAAUGGAGAGAGCAUCGGAUUCGGGGAGCCAAGUUUUGGAAAUGCUUGACGUUGGCAAACUCCGUUACCAUGAAAGAAUAGCCGUUAAUCCAGUUUCUUGCAAGAUGAUGCAUGUUUUUACUCCGUUAGUAUCCUCAAAGUCCCCGACCGUCAAAAGCAUGGAAUCCUCACUCAUGUGUCAGAGAAUGGGAUCUGCGUAUCAAAGAGUUGAUGAAGAUAGAGGGAAUUUGUCUUCUACUUUGAAGAGGCUAUCUGUGUGGGAGAAGAAGCUGUAUGAUGAAAUUAAGGUCGAGGAGAAAUUGCACGUGCUUUAUAAAAAGAAAUGCAGAGAGUUAAAUCGAGCGAUGAGUAAAAAAUGUGUGGAUGCUCAGAAAGUGGAUGCACUUGAAACUUCUAUCCAGAUCAUAGCUACAAAACUGAAGAUAUCCAUCCAUGUAGUUGACAAAAUAUCAAACACAAUAUGCAAGUUAAGGGAAGAAGAGCUGUGGCCGCUGGUCAACGAGUUUAUUCUCAGGUUUGUUGGAAUGUGGAAAGAGAUGCUGGAGUGUUACAGAUGCCAGAAUCAGGGAAUCGAAGAAGCCAAAAGUCUAGAGGCGUGCUCAUUGGACAGAAAGCAAAUCAGCAAAGAGCAUGUGGAUGCAGCAAUAAGAGUAAAGUGUGAACUGCAAAAAUGGAACUUGAGCUUUUCAGAGUGGGUUUACGCCCAAAAGUGUCAAGUCAAAGCUCUGAACGGGUGGCUCCUGAGAUGGCUGCCGUAUGAGGCGGGAGAAGAAAUAGGCGAGGGCGAGGGCCCUUUGUCGCCAAGUAAAAUUGGGGCGCCGUCCGUGUUCGUGAUCUGCAACAAAUGGUCGCAGGCAGUGGACAAAAUGUGGGAGAAGAAUGUGAUAGAAGCGGUGAAUGAGCUGAUUUGUGGGGUGAAUGGGGUGUUGGAGGCGUAUAUAUCAGAGCUUGAGCAAAGAUUAGCAGUGGACAAGGAAGUGGAGAGAAGAGUGAAGGAGGCGGAAAGGGAGGAGCACAAGAUGCAGAGGGUGGUGCGAACUCGAGAGAAGAAGAUGAUAUCGGCAGAAUGGGAGGGGGGUGUGCAUCAUGCUCAGCUUUUUCAAAGUGGCAGUGGAAGCCUUCACUGCCGUCUCAAGCACAUAUUUGCUGCUCUGCAAAACUUCACUGCCGUCUCUGCUUCCGCAUACGAACUGCUCUCCCAACACAUUGAACAAGACAGCCACCGCGUUUUGGUUCAUUAGCUCUUUUACUAUUCCCAUUCCUGUGUACGCCCAAUCCAUGUCUCUUUCCCCCUACCUCCUUCCACACUGAAUUAUCUGAACUUCUACUGUUGACUAGAUAUCCUAUAUAUAUAUGGGCUAAAUUCAAAUUCAAAUUCAAAAUUCUUCAAACCAA